GCUGAAGCGGCGGAGGUGUGUAGCGGAGCUGGCCUGGACAGACGCGGGCCGAAGCACCUAGCUCAGCGGCGGCGGCUCCGGGGUGGGGGCGCCAGCGGCGAAGCCCCCUCCCCGGGGAGGCGGGGCCGGGCCGGCGCCUGGGAACCAUGCAUCAGAAGCUGCUGAAGAGUGCGCACUAUAUCGAGCUGGGCAGCUACCAGUACUGGCCGGUCCUGGUGCCCCGCGGCAUCCGCCUCUACACCUAUGAACAGAUCCCGGUGUCCCUCAAAGACAACCCGUACAUCACCGACGGCUACCGGGCCUACCUCCCCUCCAGACUGUGUAUCAAAAGUUUGUUUAUUCUAUCCAAUGAAACGGUAAACAUCUGGAGUCACUUGCUGGGAUUUUUUCUCUUCUUCACCCUGGGGAUAUAUGACAUGACAUCCGUGCUGCCCUCGGCCAGCGCAUCCAGAGAAGACUUUGUGAUUUGCUCUAUUUGUCUUUUCUGCUUCCAGGUCUGCAUGCUUUGCUCAGUGGGCUACCAUCUUUUUUCCUGUCAUCGGUCAGAAAAAACUUGUCGGAGAUGGAUGGCCUUGGAUUAUGCAGGGAUUUCUAUUGGAAUACUGGGCUGCUAUGUCUCGGGAGUAUUUUAUGCAUUUUAUUGCAAUAACUACUGGCGUCAAGUGUACCUGAUCACUGUGCUUGCAAUGAUCCUGGCAGUGUUCUUCGCACAGAUCCAUCCCAGUUACCUCACACAGCAGUGGCAGAGGCUCCGCCCCAUCAUCUUCUGUUCUGUUUCGGGAUAUGGAGUGAUCCCUACUCUUCACUGGGUUUGGCUCAAUGGAGGAAUCAGUGCUCCUAUAGUACAGGACUUCGCACCCCGAGUAAUUGUGAUGUACGUGAUUGCUCUUCUUGCUUUCCUGUUCUACAUUUCCAAAGUCCCAGAACGGUACUUUCCAGGACAACUAAACUACCUCGGAUCAAGCCACCAGAUCUGGCAUGUCCUUGCAGUAGUGAUGCUGUAUUGGUGGCAUCAGUCGACAGUGUAUGUCAUGCAGUACAGACACAGCAAGCCUUGCCCUGACUAUGUUUCCCACCUGUGACUCCAGGUAUGGCCCCUGGUGUAUCCAGUCAUUCAGUAUAUACACUGGGGAAUUUUAGACCCCAUUUUUUCUAAGGUCCCCCCCACACACUUUUUUUUUUUACUUGUUUAAUGAGUCAUAAUGCUUUGUAAAAAUGGAAAAAUUAACUUGGAUCUAUAGCGAGAACUGUGCUUGACCCUUGCAGCAGUGGUUCGCUGUGGGUACAGACAGUGAAAGUUAAAUGUGUUUUGAGUAGCAGCAGUGGGUCAUGAAAUGACUCUACGUUCUGUGUAACACCAACCUCAUUCAUUAGGAAGGGCUUCCGUCUGUAAACAACGGGGGCAUCCUACAUGACAACUCUCGGAGGAGACAGUGUCAUUAAAUGAUCAGAUUUAAGUGCCUCUUCAAGGCCACGGUUGCUCCAUCCUGUGCUGCUCCAGACUAAGCAGGGCAGCUGAAUCAUCACAGUCUGUGAGAAACUGGCACCUGACUUACUGCCCUUAGCCAGGUUCUCCUCUCCUUAGAACAUUUAGGGUUUUGAUUUUGUUUUGUUUUUGUUGUGAUAGUUCUUUGUUUGUUUUUAUAUUGCUAGCAAAAAAAUUAAUUAUGCCUUUAAGAAAGGUGGCGAGAUGAGAAACAAUGUGUACUGCUGCUUUUAAGAAAGGAUAUUAGAUUGGAAACCAGGGGCAUGACUGAGCAACACACUGAUAGCCCAGCCCUCAGCUACCUAAUUUUACUAUUUAAUUCCAUAUUAUAAUUGGAUUCUUGACACUGAAUUUUGAUCCCAGUUUUCCAAAAGAACGUUCAUCUCUAACUCUGUCAUCCUACAUUUCCUGGGUUCCAAACUACAUGGGUGCUACCUUGAAGGCCAUUCAAUCUGGGUGGCCCUUACUUGACCAUGAAGUGAACCUUGAGCCUCAGAACAUGGCCGAUGGCUCAUCUGGUCAUGGGGAGAUUUUUCACUGGCUCCCAUCCUGCUUACUCUGUUCCGACAUUUCACUGACAACUUAAGAAGUAUGUAUAAACACCAUGUACAACUGAGAGCUGAGGCGCUGGCCUUGUUUACACUCGGUAGCUCUCACUGCCCUGUCAGAUAGUGUGACUCUUAUUCUUUCUAAAUUCUAAGUUAAAUCAUUCAAAGUAUUCAUGAAAACUUCUGUUGUCCACCAAAAUACAAAGUAUCACCUAAGUUUCCUAAUAAGUUGACAAGCUGUUUCAAAUACUGGUAUAUUUACAAAAAUGGAAUUAACUAAUGGAUCAUAAAAAUCUGUCUGGUCACUGAUGUUUACUCCUAAAUGCACUUUCUAUGUCCAGUGCUAAGAAAGUAGAUGUGCCUCUGCAGAGGGUUUCUUUCUAGUCCAGUGGUUUUGGAAUUUAAAUUUCCCAUGCUGGAAUGUUAGCAGGAAUUUUUCCCAGUGUUCUCUGUGAAGGACACCACUUCAUUGCCAUUGUUACGAUGGAACACUAUUUUGAAAGUGGCUGUUGUACCUUAGGGUCACAAAUUCAACUCAUAUGAUCAAUUUUAGAUGACCUGAAUAUAACAAAAGUAGGAUAUAUUUUUUUCAGAAAAUAGACUUUAUUGGCCAGUGUUGUUCUUAAAUACACAUUUUAUCCUUUUGGCCAGAAGAAAUAUACUAAAUAGUUAUAAAGUAAAAACUGAGAGUAAAAUUUGGUAAUUUUAGAUAUGGAACCAUUUUUAUUAUGAAUUCUUCUAAAAAAAAAUACUGAGUCUUUUUUAAGUUUCUUUUUUUUGUCUUUUUUCAGACAAGCUCCCACUCUGUAACCCUGGAACUUGCUCUAUAGACCAGGCUGGCCCAUUGUCAGAGAGCCACCUGCCUCUCCCUUCCCAAUAUUGGGAUUAAAGGUGUGUGCCAUCAUGCCCAGCCAUAUAAGUUUUACUUUAAAGCUUAAAAUGCCUGGUUUCUUUUUGUACAUGAAUUCUGUAAUAACUGCUGUAUGUAUAAUACACAUAAAAAGAGCAUACUUUGUUCUCAAGCAGCAGUUCUUUACAUUCAAGACCUAAGUCUAACUGUAGGGACAGUUAUUCCAUGUUCUCUGAAAUGUUCAGUGUUAUAAAAAACAAAAAGCAAACAACCAUGUUCUUACCUACCUUUAUAAUGUAUUUAUUAUAAAGGAAUGACUGUGGAUUGCUGUCAACUCUAACCACUUCUGUAUGUCAGCAUUUAUUGACCAUCUACUGUGUGCAUAGCACUACUGAUAAAAAAAAUUUAGUUAUUCACAUUAAAGAAUAUUUGACAAUUGCUUAGAAAGCUUUUGUAAAAGCUGAGCUUUGUAAUAAUGUAUAUUUAGUUUUGUUUUUAUUAGUUUAUUAAAAUAAGUUGAAAAUUGUAUUUCCAGCUACAGUAUUUUUAAAGUUAGUCCUACUAGCUUAUACAAACUAUAAAAGCUAAGACUUUGAAAGUACUGUUUUUAACUAUCUGUGACUGUUUUAAAUUAUAACAAUUUAUAAAGAUGCAGUUAACUCACUUAAUAAACAAUCAUCUUCCUCUAUAAAGCCAUUUUCCCACAGCAAGACACUGUUCAUCUUUGUAGCUUAUACUAAGUGCAGCUAAGUAGCUGCAUGGCAAAGUGUGCAUAUGUAAAUAAAUACGGUUUACUAAAUGAG